AUGAACUCCGCGCUGUUGCUGCGCACUGCGAGCUUUGCGGCGCACGCCCAUCGCAAGCAGCGUCGCAAAGACCCAGAAGGCACUCCGUACAUCAACCACCCCAUUGGUGUUGCGGACCUCAUUGCCAACGUCGGAGGCGAGGAUGACAUCGUGGUGUUGCAAGCCGCGCUCCUGCACGAUACCGUGGAGGACACUGAUGUGACACUGGAGCAGUUGAAGGACGAGUUUGGACCAGAGGUCGCGCAGGUCGUGGCUGAAGUCAGCGAUGACAAGGGCCUCAACAAGCACGAGCGGAAGCUGCAGCAGAUUGAGCACGCUGCCAGCGCAUCGCGGCGCGGUAAGCUGGUCAAGCUUGCCGACAAGUUGUACAACUUGCGAGAUCUGAAGCGGCAGCUUCCUAAGCACUGGAGCGUGAAGCGUGCGCAGGCAUACUUUGGGUGGUCGCGCGAGGUCAUCAACCAAGUGCGCGGCACAAAUGCUGCCUUGGAGCGCGAGCUUGACAAGCUCUUUGAGGGCACCAUGGAAGUGGAUGGCAAGGAGGUGCCGUGCAUCCCUCCAAACUACCAAGAUGGUGACUGGACCAAGGACACCCCGACAGAAUAAACAC